UUUACCUUUGCAGAUUUUUUUUUGGCAACUAAGAAUAGCAAAUUAAACCAAAAUGUCUGUGGAUCCAAUGGCCUAUGAGGCGCAGUUCUUUGGCUUCACACCACAGACUUGCCUGCUGAGGAUCUACAUUGCAUUUCAAGACUACCUAUUUGAAGUGAUGCAGGCUGUUGAACAGGUUAUUAUGAAGAAGCUGGAAGGCAUCCCAGACUGUGAGCUUAGCCCAGUCCAAAUUCGUAAAUGCACAGAGAAGUUUCUUUGUUUCAUGAAAGAACGUUUUGAUAACCUUUUUGGCAAAAUGGAACACCUGUUUUUGCAGUUGAUUUUGCAUAUUCCUCCAAACAUCUUGCUUCCUGAAGAUAAAUGUCAGGAGACGCAUCCAUAUAGUGAGGAAGAAUUUCGGCUUCUUCAAAAAGAAAUUGAAGAGUUACAAAACAAGUAUAAGACUGAAUUAUGUACAAAGCACGCCCUUCUUACUGAAUUAGAAGAGCAAAAAAUUGUUCAGGCCAAACUCAAACAGACCUUAUCCUUGUUUGAUGAGCUUGAAAACAUUGGCAGAGAUCAUGGGACUAGUGAUUUUAGGGAGAGUUUGGUAUCCAUGGUCCAAAACUCGAGAAAACUCAAGAACAUCCGAGACACUGUGGAAAAGGAAAACAAAAAACUGAAAACAUCUUAAUUCCUCAAUAAUAAGAGAUUAUUAAAAAAUUAGAGCUUGUUUGCUUUUUUUUUAUGUGUUCCACAUCUUUAUUGAUCCAUUCCUGAAGCAUCUGUAUGCUGCCUUGAACUACUCUCAGAAGAAUUUGUUCAUGAAAGGCCUCUAAUGGGUGGGAUGGGAUUCUUGGUUUCAAUAAUGGCUUAUCUGGAGACAUGAUAAAAGUUGAAACAUAACCAAAGUUUUUGUAAAGGUG